GUAACCCCUCCCCUCCUUCUUCUCCAGGACCCUGCUGGGAUUUUCGAGCUGGUGGAAGUGGUGGGAAAUGGCACCUAUGGACAAGUCUACAAGGGUCGACAUGUUAAAACCGGUCAGCUGGCGGCCAUCAAAGUUAUGGAUGUUACUGAGGAUGAAGAGGAAGAAAUCAAACUGGAGAUAAACAUGCUGAAGAAGUAUUCACACCAUAGAAAUAUUGCAACCUAUUACGGUGCUUUCAUUAAAAAGAGCCCUCCAGGGCACGACGACCAACUCUGGCUCGUCAUGGAGUUCUGUGGGGCCGGCUCCAUCACAGACCUUGUGAAGAACACCAAAGGGAACACCCUCAAAGAAGACUGGAUCGCCUACAUCUCCAGAGAGAUCCUGCGGUUGCAGAGUGAUCUCUGGUCUUGUGGCAUCACGGCUAUUGAGAUGGCAGAAGGCGCUCCUCCUCUCUGUGACAUGCAUCCAAUGAGAGCCCUGUUUCUCAUUCCCAGAAACCCUCCUCCCCGGCUGAAGUCCAAAAAAUGGUCCAAGAAAUUUUUUAGUUUUAUAGAAGGGUGCCUGGUGAAGAAUUACAUGCAGCGGCCCUCCACAGAGCAGCUCUUGAAGCAUCCUUUUAUAAGGGAUCAGCCAAACGAAAGGCAAGUUAGAAUCCAGCUAAAGGACCAUAUAGACCGGACCAGAAAGAAGAGAGGAGAGAAAGAUGAAACUGAGUAUGAGUACAGUGGAAGUGAGGAAGAAGAGGAGGAAGUGCCUGAACAGGAAGGAGAGCCAAGUUCCAUUGUCAACGUGCCUGGAGAGUCUACUCUGCGGCGGGACUUCCUGAGGCUGCAGCAGGAGAACAAGGAGCGCUCUGAGGCUCUUCGUAGACAGCAGCUGCUGCAGGAGCAGCAGCUCCGAGAGCAGGAGGAAUACAAAAGGCAACUGCUGGCAGAGAGACAGAAGCGGAUUGAGCAGCAGAAAGAACAGAGGCGACGGCUGGAGGAGCAACAAAGGAGAGAGCGCGAAGCCAGGCGGCAGCAAGAGCGGGAGCAGCGAAGGCGAGAGCAGGAGGAGAAGAGACGCCUGGAGGAAGUGGAGCGGCGGCGCAAAGAGGAGGAAGAGCGGAGGCGGGCCGAGGAGGAGAAGAGGAGGGUUGAACGAGAACAGGAGUAUAUCAGGCGGCAGCUGGAAGAAGAGCAGCGGCACUUGGAAACCCUUCAGCAGCAGCUGCUCCAGGAGCAGGCCAUGUUACUGGAGUCUCGAUGGCGGGAGAUGGAGGAGCAUCGGCAGGCAGAGAGGCUCCAGAGACAGUUGCAACAAGAACAAGCAUAUCUCCUGUCUCUACAGCAUGACCACAGGAGGCCGCACCCGCAGCACCUGCAGCAGCACCCACAGCAGCACCCGCAGCAGCAGCUCCCGCACCCGCAGCAGCAGGAACGAAGCAAGCCAAGCUAUCACGCUCCCGAGUCCAAACCCCAUUACGACCCUGCUGACAGAGCUCGAGAGGUGGAAGAUAGAUUUAGGAAAACUAACCACAGCUCCCCUGAAGCCCAGGCUAAGCAGACAGGCAGAGCUUUGGAGCCGCCAGUGCCUUCCAGAUCAGAGUCUUUUUCCAAUGGCAACCCCGAGUCCGUGCACCCUGCCCUGCAGAGACCAGCGGAGCCCCAGGUACAGUGGUCCCACCUGGCAUCUCUCAAGAACAAUGUUUCCCCUGUCUCGCGAUCCCAUUCCUUCAGUGACCCUUCUCCUCCCAAAUUUGCACACCACCAGCUUCGUUCUCAGGACCCAUGUCCACCUUCCCGCAGUGAGGUGCUAAGUCAGAGCUCUGACUCUAAGUCGGAAGCGCCCGACCCCACCCAAAAGGCGUGGUCUAGAUCAGACAGUGACGAGGUGCCUCCAAGGGUUCCCGUGAGAACAACAUCUCGCUCUCCGGUUCUGUCCCGUCGGGAUUCUCCGCUGCAGGCCAGCGGCCAGCAAAAUAGUCAAGCAGGUCAAAGAAACUCCACCAGCAGUAUUGAGCCCCGGCUGCUGUGGGAGAGGGUGGAGAAACUGGUGCCCAGGCCUGGCAGUGGCAGCUCCUCCGGCUCCAGCAACCCAGGCUCCCAGCCGGGCUCCCAGCCUGGUUCGCAGAGCGGCUCCGGGGAGCGCUUCCGAAUGAGAUCAUCUUCUAAAUCUGAAGGUUCCCCAUCUCAACGCCUGGAAAAUGCAGCCAAAAAACCUGAAGAUAAAAAAGAAGUCUUUAGACCUCUAAAGCCGGCGGCUGAAGUGGACUUGACGGCACUGGCCAAAGAGCUUCGAGCAGUGGAAGAUGUGCGCCCGCCCCACAAAGUGACCGACUACUCCUCGUCCAGCGAGGAGUCGGGGACGACAGAUGAGGAGGAGGAGGACCUUGAGCAGGAAGGGGCCGAUGAGUCCCCCUCAGGACCAGAGGACACCAGAGCCGCGUCCUCUCUGAAUCUGAGCAACGGUGAAACGGAAUCGGUGAGAACCAUGAUCGUCCAUGAUGAUGUAGAAAGUGAGCCUGCCAUGACCCCGUCCAAGGAGGGCACUCUGAUUGUCCGCCAGAGUACAGUUGACCAAAAGCGUGCCAGCCAUCAUGAGAGCAAUGGCUUUGCGGGUCGCAUUCACCUCUUGCCAGAUCUCUUACAGCAAAGCCAUUCCUCCUCCACUUCCUCCACCUCCUCCUCCCCAUCCUCCAGCCAGCCGACACCCACCAUGUCCCCACAGACACCCCAGGACAAGCUCACUACUAAUGAGACUCAGUCCGCUAGUAGCACACUCCAGAAACACAAAUCUUCCUCCUCCUUUACACCUUUUAUAGACCCCAGAUUACUACAGAUUUCUCCAUCUAGCGGGACGACCGUGACUUCUGUGGUGGGAUUUUCCUGUGAUGGAAUGAGACCGGAAGCCAUAAGGCAAGACCCUACCCGCAAGGGUUCAGUGGUCAAUGUGAAUCCCACCAACACUAGGCCACAGAGCGACACCCCUGAGAUUCGUAAAUACAAGAAGAGAUUUAAUUCUGAGAUUCUGUGUGCUGCCUUAUGGGGUGUGAAUUUGCUAGUGGGUACAGAGAGCGGCCUCAUGCUGCUGGACAGAAGUGGCCAAGGGAAAGUUUAUCCUCUUAUCAACCGCAGACGAUUCCAACAAAUGGACGUACUCGAAGGCUUGAACGUCUUGGUGACGAUAUCUGGCAAAAAGGAUAAGUUACGGGUCUACUACUUGUCCUGGUUAAGAAAUAAAAUACUUCACAAUGAUCCAGAAGUGGAGAAGAAGCAGGGCUGGACGACCGUGGGGGAUUUGGAAGGAUGUGUACACUAUAAAGUUGUAAAAUAUGAAAGAAUCAAGUUCCUGGUAAUUGCUCUGAAGAGUUCUGUGGAAGUCUAUGCGUGGGCACCCAAGCCAUAUCACAAGUUCAUGGCCUUUAAGUCUUUUGGAGAGUUGUUACAUAAGCCAUUGCUGGUGGAUCUCACCGUUGAGGAAGGCCAGAGGUUGAAAGUUAUCUAUGGCUCCUGUGCUGGGUUCCAUGCUGUUGAUGUGGAUUCGGGGUCGGUCUACGACAUUUAUCUACCAACACACAUCCAGUGUAGCAUCAAACCCCAUGCCAUCAUCAUCCUCCCCAACACCGAUGGGAUGGAGCUUCUAGUGUGUUAUGAAGAUGAAGGGGUUUAUGUGAACACCUACGGAAGGAUUACCAAGGAUGUGGUUCUGCAGUGGGGAGAGAUGCCGACAUCUGUAGCUUACAUUCGAUCCAACCAGACUAUGGGCUGGGGAGAGAAGGCCAUAGAGAUCCGAUCUGUGGAAACCGGUCACUUGGAUGGUGUGUUUAUGCACAAAAGGGCUCAAAGACUAAAAUUCUUAUGUGAACGUAACGACAAGGUGUUCUUUGCCUCGGUCCGGUCUGGUGGCAGCAGUCAGGUGUACUUCAUGACCUUAGGCAGGACUUCUCUUCUGAGCUGGUAGAAGCAGGGUGAUCAGAGGAGCACUGGCCUCCAGAGUCUUCAAGAUCCCGAGAACUUGGAAUCCCUUUCAACUGGAGCUCCGACUGCCCCGGCGCAGUCCAAGACAGCUGUGUGCGCAGGCUCCCGAGCUGGGCCCUUCCUCUCUUUCCUUUCCACUCCUCUUCCUGGUUGACCACCCGCUCUCUCCUGCUCCUUACUCAAAAAUAAAUCAAGGCUGCAAUGCAGCUGGUGCUGUUCCGAUUCUA